CUAAUUACUCUCGUACAUGAAUAGAUUAUUUCUUCCACCCAGAGAUCAUUUGCACAUUUCUCCAAGAAUUUCUCCCGCCCAAUCCUCAGCUCAAAGAACCUAAUCCACCCAUCUUCCAGCUCUAUCUCUCUCUCUCCUCACCUACGACACUCUUCUAUGCCUGCGGUCUUUGAACCUGACUCCGCCGGCAUCAUCCAUCCGGCGACUCCUGAGAAAAGGAGCGUGAUUCAGAUGAACCCGCUCAGCCCCAACAUCUUCCGGUUCAAGACCGAGACUCGCCGAUCAAUGCACUCGCUUUCCCCUUUCGGGUUCCAUGAUGUGGUCAUCGGAGUUCACCAUUGCCCGGUCAAGGCUCCUCAGAAGGUUCGCGAUCGGUCGCCUUAUAAGGUUUUGGAUGCAACUACUUUGCAGGACGAUUUAUACUCGAAUUUUGUCGAUUGGUCUUCGCACAAUGUGCUUGUUGUUGGGUUGGGAAAUUUUGUUUAUUUAUGGAAUGUUUGUAGUAGCAAGGUAAUCUCUAGUUGUAGUAGCAAGUUAACUAAGUUAUGUGACUUGGGGAUUGACGAUAGUGUAUGUUCCGUUUUCUGGGGUUAACGUGGAACUCAUCUUGCAGUUGGAACUAGCAAUGGGAAAGUCCAAAUUAGAGAAACUUGUACCCAUUCAUAUCUGGUAGACAUGCUGCAUUCUUAGAGAUUUAAAAUUGAGAUCUUAUUUUUAUAUUUAUAAAAUUGCAAAGUGGAAUUACAAGUGUAGUUGCAACAACACAGUGUAGGUGUUUGAGCAACAAGUUUGUGACUUUAAUAUGGGGAAUACGAUCCUCAAACAACAUAAUGCUUGAAAUACUUAUAUGUACUGCAUAACUUGUGGAGCAUGUCAUCUAAAAGAGAUUGUUUUAACUAGGGAACCCGAAGCCACCUAUGCACAGGAGUCUACAUGAGCAUGCUUGUAUUCAGAAGGAUGGCGGUAAUGUGAGUUCAAAUGGAUGACUCCAGGGGCGCCUUGAAGUUUCUAGGGCCUUUGGAGAUUGCCAGUUCAAAAAGGUUCUAUUUUCUCUUCUUUAACACUUUCCCAUCUCGUUAUUUGUUUCCUUUGUUUUGAAUGUAACAUAAAACAAUUGUUUACAGCUCUAUAUUGAAAAAGAUCAAAUCUGUAAAACUUGUGCUAUUAUAAUAAAUAUAGCUCAAGUUAUUAUAAAUUGGGAAUUUUAUUUUUAGAAAGAAUGCCUAUGUAAAUGAUUCUUUUGUAAUUACUAAAUAUGCUUAAGUUUAUCCGUCCACUUCUCAUGGUACAAAACCAUAUUACUUUACUCUGCAAAAGAUAGUUGAAUUGAAUGUUAAUGUACUCGAUGCUUUGAUUGUAUUAUCUCUAUUUUUCCAUUGAAUGAAUUAACUGCUUAGUAACUUUAGCUGAAUGCGUUGGACCAUGACAACCAUAAAUUAUCAACAACUACUAGAAUGUUAAGCAAUGUAAUAUAGUUGUGCAUUGUAUUUGCUAAUUAUUAUAGGAUAAUAAACAUGAGGACUAUGUAUACUUGUUAUCUUGAGCGCCUACCAUGUCCUAAACUACCUUAAUGCGAAGAGUACCAAAUAUGUAAAUACACACUAUAUCCACUGUAUGCGCACGACAUGCACAUGAUAUGCACACCAUGUGUACUAUAUGCUUAGUUUCCUGUCAAGACAUACCUUUUCAGUGAUUCUUUUUUGUUUUGGUUUUACAAUGUAUAACUAACCUUUCAACUUUCAUAUACAUGUUAGAUCUUGGAUUUGUAACUUCAAUUACAUUCAUAUUUCUCAUUUUGUGCAUUUGUCCUGGGCCUUAGAGAAAUGAUAUUUUGUAACUUGAUUAUGUAAUGUCCAAAGUUGACUGUUAAAUAUGGUUGCACUGGUAAAAUGAGAACGUGCAUUUGACAAGACGACGUUGGGUGCAUUUGUAGGGCAAGUAUUUUUGCUAAUUCGAGUGGUGCAUUUGUCAUUCUUGUUUCUUUAGUGAAUCUAACAAAUUUUAUUUGAUUG